CGGGGCUUCGUCGGUACAUCAACCAUAAGGCUGCUCCGAGAUGUGGGAUUGACUGGGGCUAAGCUCCGAAGGGAAACAAAGGCCCUUGCUGAGGAAGCAGAAAAGGGAAGUUUCUGGUUGUGGCUGAGGAGGAGGGAUAAGUACUGGGGGUCGAGGCAAUAAGAUGGGUCAGCUGCAGGGGGUGGCAGGGAGACGUCCCUGCCACCGCUCCGCCACCAGGAGGCGUUCCGGGGUUAAAGAGAGCGAAACUCCUAUGAGCGGUGGUCCCCGGCUGAUGACCCUGCAGCUGACCCAAGGCGCUGUAGGAGGCGCGUCAGGCAUACUUGCCCAGCAGAAACAACACCAUAUCUGUACAAUCAAUCUGCUUUGCAAAAAAUAUUUUUAACCCAAAUACGUGAAAUUAGAUAAUCUCCCACGGCACAGCAGACUGUAUCUCACGGCACAGUGGUUGAAAAACACUCGUGUAAGUAAUAUAGAUGCUGCCGUGUGUGUCUUUCUCUCUCCGUCACUCUCAUCAUCUUUCCCCUCAAGAUUUCCAACGCUGCUGAUAAAGGGAACAGGUGAUUGGAUCACUCGCUCCAGCUGAGGUAUCUGCUCACCUGUAUGCUGCUUCCUGGCCGGCCCCUGCACACGCCCCGCCCGCAGGGAACGCGUAGGCCACGCCCCUCUCCACAACGUCCAGCAGGUGUCAGCAGAGAGUCAUGAAGAGAUUCCCUCCAAGCAGCAGGAGUGGAGCUCCAGUGUGGGACAGAAGGAGCUACAGACCCCCUCCCACAUUAAAGAGGAAGAGGAGGAACUGUGGAAGCAGCUUCAAAUGUUGGUGGAGGAUAAUGAUGAAGAUGAAGCUCAGUCCUUACAGCUUCAUCACAGUCAAAGUGAGGAGAACAGAGGGGCGGAGCUUGUAAGUCAACACAUCACAGAAGCUGAUGGAGAGCAUUGUGAAGAUAUAAAGUCAGAACCAGACAGCAUCUUUGCUCCACUGUCAGACAUGGACCACAUGAUGUCACACUCUUCUGAUCACAGUGACCACAUCCAAAAACCUUUGGAGAGUAAAAAUGACUCCAAAGGUGAUACGAGACAUCACACUAACAACAAACACUUGGACUGCUCUCAAUGUGGGAAAUCAUUUAAAAGAAAGACUGAUUUUACAAGACACAAGAGAAUACAUACUGGAGAGAAACCUUUUACUUGCUCUGUUUGUAAAAAAAGUUUCUCCACAAAGCAACACAUGACCACACACAUGAGAACACACACUGGAGAGAAACAUUUUACUUGCUCUGUUUGUAAGAAGAGUUUCUCCAUUAAGUCUGCCAUGACCAGACACAUGAGAACACACACUGGAGAGAAACCUUUUCCUUGCUCUGUUUGUAAGAAGAGUUUCUCCAGAAAGCAACACAUGACCACACACAUGAGAAGACACACUGGGGAGAAACCUUUUCCAUGCUCAGUGUGUCCCAAAAGAUUCUCCAUAAAUGAACAAAUGAAAAGACACAUGAGAACACACACUGGAGAGAAACCUUUUACUUGCUCUCUUUGUAAGAAGAGGUUUUCCAGAAAGCUUAACAUGUCCACGCACAUGAGAACACAUACUGGAGAGAAACCAUUUACUUGCCCUGUUUGUAAGAAGAGUUUCUCCACAAAGCUUGUCAUGACCAGACACAUGAGAACACACACUGGAGAGAAACCGUUUAGUUGCACUGUGUGCGAUAAAACAUUCAGGGUUAAGUAUCAGGUCAGUAAACACAAGUGUGUAACAGUCAUGGAAGCUGCAGGGAUUUAAAAACACUUAAACAGUGAUUGUGCUAAAUGUACUUUAAAACACAGCAUGUUUAAUAUGAAUGAAUAUUUGAUGUUUUAUGUAGUAGUGCUUCUCAUCUUCUACUGUUAUUCUAUGUUGUUCUGGAAUUACUUUUAAGUUGUGUGCAUUUAUUGAAUAUCAUGUAUGUAGCUACUAUUUUAUUUUAUUUUCUCAUUGUUAAAGAGAGAACUUCUUAUUAUUUACAGUUGUUUUUUGUUCACACAUUUUCUUCCAUUGCAUUUUUAUUGAUGUUAUUAUCCAAUUAAAAGAAUGAAUGAAUAAAAUUGUUAACAAAAUGUGGACUGAGCAGCAUUAUUACAUCAUGGAUGUUAACUCCUGCAAAACAUCAACAAAGAAGAAAAAGGCUGAAGUUAGCAACACAUCACUGAACUUUAGAGUCAUCGUGAGUGGAGUUGCUUGUUUUUAUUGCUGCAUUUGUACUUAUUUCACCUCACAUCUUCACUUUCAACCCUAAAGUCUUCUUCAAAUAUAUUGUUCUGGGCUUCUAAGAUUGAUGUUUAUGAUGUGUGUGUGUAGUCUGUGGAAAGUGUUGUUGUCCCUUGUGGAUCCAUUUGUUCACUUGCACAGAUACAUCUUCAUCAUCAUCAUCAUCAUCAUCAGACAUAACCGGUCCACUACUG